AAAUUUAGAGUGCGUGUUUUUCUCGUUUUUUUGGUCGUGGCUUUGGUGUUAAUUGCCCAAACCAAUGCUCGCAGGAAAUGUAAGUCCAAGAAGAAGCUAAGACCAAUUAGACCAAAUAAACCACAUAAAUCAACUCCUACCGUUAUUAUGUUUCCGCCAGCUGAGCCUGAGUCAAAUCCCACCACUGCUGCGGCAGCUCCUACUCAAAGUUGUCGAAUGGAAUGUCCUGCGUGUGCCACCCAUACACCG